UUUCCACCCCGAAGCCGACGAGAGACGACCCGCGGCCACAUGGACGCGGAGAUCCCCGACGAGAAGGAUUGGAGGCGGCUAGAGCCCAACCCCGGCAUCAAAGUCUUCCUGACCGUCUUGUACAGCCUCAUCCUGGCGACGGGCAUCGUGGGCAACUCCGCCACCAUCCGCGCCGCGGGGCUUCUCCGGCGCAAAGGCUACCUUCAGCGCAACGUGACGGACCACGUGGUGAGCCUGGCGUGUUCGGACCUUCUGGUGCUGCUGGUGGGGAUGCCCGUGGAGCUCUACAGCACCAUCUGGUUCCCCUUCACCUCGGCGUCCGGGGGCGACGCCGCCUGCAAGGUCUACAACUUUGUCUUUGAGGCGUGCAGCUACGCCACCAUCCUCAACGUGGCCACGCUGAGCUUCGAGCGCUACGUGGCCAUCUGCCACCCGUUCCGAUUCAGAGCCCUGGGCGGGCGGCGCACGUCGGCCUUGAUCGCCUCGGCCUGGCUGGUGUCCGUCCUGGUGGCGCUGCCGCUGCUGGUGGCCACGGGGACCCAGGGCUACAUCCCGGCGUCGGCGGACGGGCCCGUCCACAACCUGACCUUCUGCACCAACCUGAGGGAGCGCUGGCUCAUGUACCGAGUCAGCGUCUUUUUCGCCUUCGUGGUCUACAUGCUGGUUUUGGCCAGCGUGGCCUUCAUGUGUCGGGCCAUGAUCCUGGUCCUGAGGGAAUCCGGGGGCUCUUCGGACCGAGGAAGUGGCCUAGAUGCAAAGACGUCCAAGCAUGAAAGUACAAAGAUGAAGAUGGCCAGGAAGCAGACCAUCAUUUUCCUGGGCCUGAUCGUGGGCUCCUUGCUGCUGUGCUGGUUCCCCAGCCAGGUGCGGCGCCUGAUGAUGGCCGGCGCGCCCAAGUCGCGCUGGAGCGCGGCCUACUUGCGCGGCUACGUGGCCCUGCACCCGGUGGCCGACACCUUCUUCUACCUCAGCUCGGCCCUCAACCCCUUCCUGUACAACGUGUCUUCCCGCCACUUCCGACGGGUUUUCGUCCAAGCGCUGCGCUGCCGCCCGAGCGUCCGGCACAUCAACGAGCCAACCGCGCCGAGCUCCGGCGCCCGAUCCGUCCGCUCGCUGCGGCCCCUGCUGCUCAAAUCGCUGCGGCCGAGCAAGAGGACCCGACCCGGCGCAACCAAAGAGGAGCAAAGCCACUCGGGGGCGCGCGCAGGGCCCAAAAACAAGGACUCGGAUUCCGCAAGGCAGACGGGCAUUCCGUCAGCAACGGAAGCGUGACGCGGCGGCAGGCAGAUGACCCAGAUUGGCUUCGGCCGUCCAAAGAUGAGCA